AUGCUAAAGCCGAGGUUAAUCUACAAGCCUCGACACCAACACCGUGGAAGAGGCCAGAUCAAUGGUCUGCAGAUGAAGCCUGUUUGCUAUUUGCCCAAUUGCCGCUUCCCUGCUUAUGUCUAUCAAUAUACAAAAACGUCUUCCAAGUCAAAUAUGGUUCUUCCAGCCACUGUCCGCAUUGCAGAUAGGGUGACAUUCCUCGACCACGAUUCAACACUAGCCUCGAUCACACCCGCCCCAGUCAUUGUGCAAAAGGCUGCUGCCGGAUAG